AGCGAGCGGCUGGAAGAGGCAGCCUCGAGGAUGAAGUGCAAGCCCAACCACACGCGGACCUGCGACCCGGACGGGUUCAAGAAGCGGGCGGCGUGCCUGUGCUUCCGGAGCGAACGCGAGGACGAGGUGCUGUUAGUGAGUCGCAGUCGGUACCCGGACCGCUGGAUCGUGCCGGGCGGGGGCGUGGAGCCCGAGGAGGAGCCGGGCGGUGCGGCGGUCCGAGAGGUGUACGAAGGGGCGGGAGUCAAGGGGAAGUUAGGCCGGCUCCUGGGCGUCUUCGAACAGAACCAGGAUCGCAAGCACAGAACGUACGUGUGUGUUCUGACUGUCACGGAGCUGCGGGAGGAUUGGGAAGAUUCGGUUAACAUUGGCAGGGAGCGAGAGUGGUUCAAAGUCGAAGAUGCCAUCAAGGUUCUCCAGGGCCACGGGCGCGUGCACGCCGAGUAUCUGGAGAAACUGAAGCUGGGCGGCUCCCCAACCAAUGCAAACUCCAUGGCCCCGUCCUCGCCAGACAGCGAUCCCUAAUGAACAGCAAAGAUGUUCAGAAUUGUGCUGAAACUAAUACUGAUGUGAACCCAGUGAUGAAUGGAAUUGUCAAGUUCAGGUGAGCACUUCUGUGUUCUGAAGAAGACAGCUCAUCUGGUUUCUUCCUGCAUCUUGGGACACUCCUUCCCUGUCUAUACCACUGACUCUUGCUCUGGUUGUUGUACUUUAUAUGUGAACAGACGCUUAAUUCAGCACCUAUAGCCUUUUGUUGUGCUUUUUUGAUGUGUCUGCCUUCUUCAUUAGACUAUGACGUCUUUGAGAGCGAAGACUGUUUUUCCUUACUCU